GGUAGAGGCGUAACUCGUGGCGUUUAUUCUAAUAACUCUGAAACUUCAGUUUUAGAAACACUAGCGCAUUUUAUACACUUCAUAACUUUUUUUUUCUUACACAUAAUAGGAGGGAUGGGUAUGUCGUGAAAAGAUGCUGCAGAUCUAAACCCACUUAAGUUUCGUUUCGUUUCGUUUCGUCUUUCGUAGAAACAGCUGCGCCUGGUUUAUAUGAGAGUCAUAAACCGUUCGUUUUGUUUCUAGUAACUGGCUUCAAGUAUCAAACAGUAUGAACAGAAGAAACAGGAAUAAUUAUCUCUCUAUAUCCGCUGUGCGCGGAAUUGGACUGGACUUCAUUGAAAUGCUAGAGGAAACUAACAGGAGAUCCAUUACCGACAGAAACGCACUCUGCGACAUCUACAACGAAGAGUUUCGAGAUAGGGACGGUGGUGUGAAAGAUCCAAACUUCUCCAGACUCAUCUAUGCAUUAAGGAAAUGGAACAAAGCACGUCUUUCUAGAACAGGAAGACAUGUUUACUUUAACGCCAAUGUCAGAGUGAGGCUGCACGACCAGUGGUUUAGACCAUGUCCGAGACAGAGAAACCAAGCUACUCCCGCUCCAAGUAAUGCUAGCUCAUUGUCAGCUACCAGUGUUCCAGGGCCAGAUGAUGGAGUCAGAGGAAGAAGAAGACUGGCGAAAGACAUCCUACAGCGACUGAACACUACAGACAGGUCCUUUUUUGUAGCUGAUAAGUAUGGGGUGCAGGUGUCCUCUGAGCUCUAUAUGGAAAGUGGAAAGAUUCAGAUCAGUGUGGAUAGGGCAGACGUUUAUGAGGUGAAGCUGUUUGUGGAGAACACCGGUCAGGAUGCUGUGUAUUUCACGUACUACACUGCUCUUCACUGGCUGCAGUAUUUCACUCUGGAAGACAGCAGAAGAGUCACACGUAACAAUCCACUCCUUCUGGAGCCAUGUGAGAAGUAUGAAGUGACUGUGAGAUUCAAAUCCAGGCAUGUUGGAGUUUAUUCAGCUACUCUAGCAUUUGAAUUCAAGAAGAACAUCCAGCCCACCUCCCGUCCCUUCCACAUUGUGCGCUUCAUUGAAGUGGAGUACAGGACUAAGCUUGCAGCCUUACUGGGUCCCACAGAACCAUACAAGCCUCUGAAACUCAACGUCUUUGAACCCGAAAAUUGUAAAGUGGAUGAGGGCUAUCCACCUGAGGGUUAUGUUCAAAACUUUCUACAAAAUGUUCUGCCGCUGGGGCAAUACACUCCUCCUCCUGACAUCCCUGAACUAGCCAAGCUCCUGAAAGUGGACUGUUCUUCCCGGAUCCUCAGGGGAAAGUUUCGGGAACUUCAGUCAUUACUGGAGAGUCCACUAGGCUUCCAUAAUUAUGCAGAACGUUUUGAUUUACUACUCUAUCUGGAGGAGUGUCAGAUGCAUGUGGACAUCAAGAGAUACAACAAAGAUCAAGUCACCUUACUCAAAGACUAUGACAAGAGACUAAUGGUCUUAAACCUCCCUGGUGUAUCAGAGAACAGACCAUCAGUCCUGAGAGGAGAUCACCUACUUCUCACUAAGAGUGAGGAGGUUAAUUUCUCAACUGUGACCAAAUACAAAGGCUACGUCCACAAAGUUGAACUGGAUCGUGUAAAACUGGGCUUCUCUCGAAGGUUCCUUGAGCAUGUUUAUGUAGAUAAGAUGAAAUUUCGCGUGGAGUUCACAGUGAAUCGUCUCCCAGUAAGACUGCAACACAGAGCAGUGCACAUGGCGGUCCAGCACAAGCUCAGAGAUGUGCUGUUCCCUGUGGGCUCAAGGAGCUUGAACCCUGUGCAUCCACCUGCACUGAGACUCUUUGAUCAGCAGCUUCAGAGGAACCCUGAACAGUACAGUGCAGUGUGUCACAUUGUGGCCGGUACGUCCAAGCCGGCGCCGUACUUGGUGUUUGGACCUCCUGGAACUGGUAAAACAGUCACGAUAGUGGAGGCCAUCAAACAGGUGGAGAAGAAUAUACCUGGUGCCUGCAUCCUAGCUUGUGCUCCAUCUAACAGUGCAGCUGAUCAGCUGUGUGAAAAGUUGAUCACUAGUCAACAUGUUGAUGCACAGAAAAUAUACAGAGUCUAUGCUAGCUCACGCGAUCCAAAAGAUAUCCCUAAAGUUCUGAAGAAUAUCAGUAAUCUGGAGGAAGAGAUUAUUGUUUUCCCAUGUAAAGAGGAUCUAAUGUCCUACAAGAUCCUGGUCUGCACUCUGGUCACCGCUGGCAGGCUGGUCACUGGUGGUUUUCCUGUGGAUCAUUUUUCUCACAUCUUUGUGGAUGAGGCAGGACAUGCUGUAGAGUCAGAGACAAUCAUCAGUGUGGCAGGGCUGCUGAAUGCAGAGACCGGACAACUUGUUUUGGCUGGAGAUCCCAAGCAGCUGGGGCCAAUCCUGAGGUCUCCUCUUGCCAUCAAUCACGGGCUUGAUGUCUCUUUGCUGGAGAGGCUGAUGACACAGAAUGAUCUUUAUAAGAAAGACGGCAUGGAGUUUGACAAACGCUAUGUCACCAAGCUUCUUCUGAACUACAGGUCUCAUCCAUCCAUUCUGAAGGUUCCUAAUGAAUUGUUUUAUGAUGGGGAGCUGGUGGCAUGUGCGGAUGAAAUCUACUCCAACCAGUACUCCACCUGGGAGCACCUUCCCAAAAGAGGAUUUCCUGUUGUUUUCCACGGAGUGCCUGGGAAGGAUGAGAGGGAGUCGAACAGUCCCUCCUUUUUUAACAUCUUUGAAAUCGAAAUCAUUGUUGACUACCUGAAGAAGCUGCUCCUGACACAGGCCAAGAGGGGACUCUCCAGAAUCCCCAGAGAUAUUGGCAUCAUCGCCCCCUACAGGAAGCAGGUUGAGAAGAUCAGAAGGGCCAUCAGAUCAGACGAAGACCUCGAAAAGCACAUGUGCAUCGAAGAGCUAAAGGUUGGUUCCGUGGAGGAGUUUCAAGGCCAAGAGAGAAAAGUGAUCCUGGUGUCUGCUGUCCGUAGCAGCAAAGAGUAUAUGGAUUUGGAUGAAACAUUUAAUAUCGGGUUUCUUAAGAACGAGAAGAGAUUCAAUGUGGCGGUGACGAGAGCAAAAGCUUUGUUCAUCAUGGUGGGAAACCCGACCAUUCUGCGGACCGAUGAAAGCUGGGGCCGGUUUAUUGACUUCUGCUAUGAGCAGGGCGGUUACGCCGGCAUUUCUUUCACCAGUGUAGAGGGAAUAGAGGAGGUUGAAAAGCGUCUGCUUGCUCUUAACAUCCAGGAUAAGAGCGAGGAAACUGAUGAGAGUGCAGUCCAACAGUAUGUGAAUCCUGAGUGGAGACAAGAUUACUAACAGUGAAGGUCCUUCAACUCAAACCCGUCAAGCCUUUAGGAGCUAGGAUGGAAAUUGUGGAUUUGAAGCCGGGCACACAUUCUACCAUUUGUGAGGUCCUUUACAUUUGUUGCUUGUCAGACUGUAUGAAAUUAUCGUAAUGGGAUCUUGGGUACAAAAAAAAGCCAUGAUGAAAAUUUUUUGUACAGUGUGAACCUGGCGUAAAUAUUAAUGACUCUUCUUAUCAAUGAAAUGUAUUGUAAAGCUUACAUGUAAUUAAAUUUUAAUCAUUUAAAAAAAUAAUCAUUUUAAUUUACCAUAAAAAUAAGCACACUGUAUUUUUAUAAUCUGAACACUGUGUUUCUUAUUCCUGCAUUAAAAUGUUCAAUAUUCAACUACUGACACAUUCAAAUGAUCUCCAUUAGAUUAAUGUCAAAAGUAAAGCUGUCAUGUAGUUAUCAGUUUGUCUCUCCCUUGUGGCUGUUGGAAGUACUGCUGUAUCGAGUUGACGUUUGAGCCAUUUUCCUUAAAAUGAACCUUCAGACACCAAAAGCCCAGUCUUGAAAUAUCAUAUUCAUCAGCUAUGGGUGAUUUUUUUUUAAAUAAUUACAUUUUCUAAAGCCUAAAACUCAUAGAACCCGCGACACCAGCAUACCUGAUCUUGAAGUAUCUACCAAGUAAAAAGCGAUAUUUUCUUAAUUAAAUAAACAACAUCAGUUAUAAGGACAGUCCUAUUGGGGAUUUUUUUCCCAAGGACAGAAAAAAAAAUACCUCUUGCUCUCGGUCACCUCUACCCAUAAUUAACCUAAAAAAUGAGUUCCCAAGCCAGUGUUUUAAUAUGAUGAGUUAACGCUUUCCUCUUAAAGGUGCAGUCACAUUAUCAAAAUUAUCUGAAAUCUGUCAAUAGCAAUGUAGCAAUGUAUGAAGCCCUCACAAAAGGUUACUUUCAUACCUAUCCAUUUUUGUUUUCCAAAAAAUCUGGAGUCAAUGAAUUGUCCUUGAGUGUAUGACACUUCUGAUAUAUAACACUUUACCACAGACGAAACCAAAUUAAAUUAACUUUCCUUGUUUCUCCUCACACAGACAUUAUUCUGAACAGACCAGGCCAGACCGGCAGCCUGAAUUCAGCUUCAGUGUCUGUUAAACCAUUUUUCAGAUAGCCUUUUCUAAACGAUCAACACAAAUGUAAAUGCCGGUCA